AUGGAACUACCUACGUUCUCUCGCGAUUCCACGGAGUGGAUCGGGUUUUUCGACGUGUUCUCCUCGCUGAUCGACAAUAAUCCGGCCUUAUCGGACGGGCAAAAGCUACACUAUCUUCGAAGUUGUCUAAAGGGUGAAGCAUUGAGAAUCAUCAGUGGCUUCCAAAUUAGUGAUGCAAAUUACAAGGAGGCAUGGGACCUUCUUAAGGUUCGUUAUAAGGUGUUGCGCGUAAUUGUCGAAGUACACAUUAGAGCUAUGUCGGAAAUAAAGAGGGCUACAAGUGAUUCUGCUGAUGCAAUAAAAGGUGUAAUUGACGCAUUCCAGCAGUCCAUUCGCGAGCUCAAAGCACUAGGGCGUCCUGUCGAGUUUUGGGACGACUGGUUGGUUCAUGAGGUAGUUAGCAAAUUGGCAUUCGAAACAAGGAAGCAGUGGGAGCUAUCACUCGAAAGUGAUGAGCCGCCGACUUUCGAGCAACUUACGAUGUUUUUAGAGAUACGGUGCCGAUCGCUAUCGAUGCUUUCCUCGACCACAAGCACAGUGCUAACUAAAGGGAGAAUGACCACAGUAGGUAAAACAGCAAAUGUAUUCCAUGGGAUGCAAGAGCAUAAUGCAGACUGUACUUAUUGUAGCGGCCCCCAUAAAAUUUAUAGUUGCGACAGAUUUCGAAGUUUAGACGUAAAUGCAAAAUCAAAGUUCGUAAAGGAAUCACGAGUGUGUGUGAACUGCUUAAGUCCGGGUCACUUUAAGGCUAAGUGUAACAGUGCAUCUGCAUGUAGGGUAUGCAGCCAACGCCACCACACGCUGUUGCAUAGUGUUUGUUUUGUGAACAAUGCCACAACCACUGCUCAUUUUGUUGACGAUACGUCUCAUGUGCCCCCGCAUCCUGUCGCCGUCGAUGCCACACCAAACGCGAACGAAAAUGUUUCAUCCGCUGUUAGUCCUCCGACGGACCCCGCCGCUGUACGUGUUUCACCAUGCCUGAAUUCCAGCUCCAAGCCGCCGCAACCAACAGAAAGGUUAGUACUAUUGUCCACCGCGUGGGUAAAGGUCCGCGAUUGCGCCGGUCAUUGGCAACCCGCCCGUUUACUGUUUGAUUCCGGGUCGCAUGCCUCGUUUGUAACUGAGGCGUGCGUGCAACGCUUGGGUAUACCGCGAACAUCUUCCAACGUGCUUAUUACGGGCAUUGGGUCAACACAAGGAGGUCGAUCCAGAGGUGAGACAGUACUAACGCUUUCUUCUUUCUGCUCCAAUCGACGCUUCACAGUAAACACACUAAUUUUGCCGAAAAUAACGAACGACUUGCCCACGCAGUUUGUACCGGUUUCAGCAUGGUCCCACGUACAAGGAUUGUUCCUAGCAGAUCCGCAAUUUAUGAAGCCUGGUCGUAUCGACAUAUUGGUCGGCAUGGACGUCAUGGACCAGCUCGGUUUCUCGGAACUUCGCAAAGGUCCGUCUGGCACGCCAAUGACCCAGCGGACAGUCUUUGGUUGGACGUUGUUUGGGAGUGUCGAUGGCUCUCAUCCCGCUACGCCCCGAGUGCAAUCGCUGCAUUGUGAGGUGACACUGGAAAGGGCGCUAACCAGGUUAUGGGAACUGGAGGAAGCUCCACAAAAAACGCAUCUAACACACGAUGAGAGUAUCUGUGAAAACCAUUUCGAGUCAACGCAUCGAAGAGCUUCUGAUGGUCGAUUUAUAGUUGAGCUGCCCCUGAAAUCCGAUGUACCGUUGGGGGACUCGCGAACUUUCGCCGUUCAGAACCUGCCACGCCUCGAAGAACGACUCGCCCGCGACAACGACUUGCGUGUACGUUACAAUGAGUUUAUGCAGGAGCUCAUUGAUAUGCGUCAUAUGGAGCCUGCGUCCAAAACUUCGAAUCCAGUCUAUUACAUGCCGCAUCAUCCAGUCGUAAAAGAGUCAAGUGUUACGACAAAACUGAGGGUCGUAUUUAACGCAUCUGCCAAAAGCGCUACCGGAAACUCGCUCAACGACGCGUUAUUUGUCGGACCCCAGCUGCAGCAGGAUUUAUAUUCCAUUUUGACACGUUUUCGUACUCAUCGGUACGGUGUUACGGCUGACGUCACAAAGAUGUACCGUCAAGUCUACGUCUCCCCGAAACAUAUCGAUUUACAACGGAUCGUCUGGCGUCGUGACCCCUUACUACCGAUACAAGACUACCACAUGUUGCGCGUGACCUAUGGAGUAGCAGCGGCAUCACACCUAGCUGUAAAGUCUCUUCAACAGACCGCAAGGUACUCGUCGAACAGUUGUCAGAAAGCCGUUUCUGUCAUACUAAACGACUUUUAUAUGGACGAUCUGCUCACUGGUACAUCGUGUAGAGAAGAACUUCAGUCGCUGCAACAAAACGUUUCCCAGAUACUUAAGGAAGGUGGUUUUGAACUAAGAAAGUGGGCGUCGAAUUGCGCGAAGCUAAAUAAAACUAUUUCGAACUCUUCCGAAUCUAUACCGCAUUACAUCGUCGAUGGGAAAGAUGUUCACGCCUUGGGCCUAGUAUGGAACACAGACGAAGACCAUUUCACAUUUGCAGUAAACCUGAAGAGACCGCCCGUUAAUUUGACUAAAAGAGCGUUUUUGUCCGAUGUCAGCACACUAUUUGAUCCUCUGGGACUGAGGGGUAUCAGUCCGUCCGAACUACUCCAUCAUAAGCUGUGGUGGACUGGCCCUGAGUUUUUGGUAGGCGCUGACCUAUUCUGGAAGCAGACGUCAUCGAAGAAUCAUACAACUGAGUUGGGCGUUCGAAGCAAGGUUCACGCUCAUGUAACAAGUUUGAAGGAUCAAUGGUCAAUAAUGACGAAAUAUUCGUCGUACUCCAAGUUGCGGCGCAUCAUCGCUUACGUGUUACGUUUUUUCUACAACGCUCGAGUUAGCACUAUGCACAACGCUAGAAAGCAUCUUGGUCCUCCGAGUUUCCAGGAGAUAACUGAAGCUGAAUUCCGAUUAAUAAGCGCAAAGAGGCCAAUUCCACUUCGCAGUAGUCUUUUGCGUUUGCAGCCGUAUCUCGACAAGAAAGAUAUCCUGCGCGUUGGAGGCAGAUUGAGAAAUGCUACGGUUACUCCUGACGUAAGGAAUCCUAUCAUCUUGCCAAAGAACUGUCCGCUGGCAAAAUUAAUAGUCUCGGAUAUCCACAAGUUUACGCUGCACGCUGGACCCCGCAUUAUGCAAGUUGUGUUGCAACGUCGAUUUUGGGUUGCUGGUGCUCGAAGUCUAAUACGCGCCGUAUACCACAAGUGCGUGAAAUGCAUCUGCAUGAAUCGCAACCUCGCCACGCAAAUGAUGGGGGAUUUACCUGCGACUCGAACUACUUACGCACGUUGUUUCACCCGUACCGCUGUUGAUUUUGCUGGGCCGUACUUGUAUAAGUUUACCCACGGAAGAGGAGCGAAGGCCACCGAAGGAUACAUUUGUUCCUUUGUUUGUAUGUGCACCGGCGCAAUGCAUCUGGAGUUUGUUGGAGAUCUGUCCACAUCAGCAUUCCUUAACGCAUUCAAGAGAUUCGUCAAUCGUAGAGGCUACUGUAAGAUUAUGACAUCGGAUAACGGUACGAAUUUUGUUGGUGCCGAAAGGGAGCUUCGAGUCGCGUUUCAACAGUGUAUGGCUGACACCAAACUACCUCCUUCUGCACCUCAUAUGGGCGGGUACUGGGAAGCCGGUAUCAAGCGCAUUAAGUACCACCAAAAACGCGUACUGGGUGAAAAUCUGCUAUCAUACGAAGAGUUCAACACGCUGUUGACAGAAGUGGAGGCCUGCGUCAACUCCCGCCCUCUCUGUGAUAACCCUACGGACGCUGGCGACAUAGAAGCUCUAACUCCCGGCCAUUUUAUUGUUGGAGAGCCACUGAAGUCAAUCCCAGAACCUGAGGAUCAAGGGUUCUGUGGAGAUCUUCGACAACGUUGGCAAGCAAUUUCGGCCAUGAGGCGACAUUUCUGGCGCCGAUGA